UGAACGACUGAUUAUCAGAAUCUGUAGCUUAAGUCCAGGCACAGCAGCAGCAUUAAAUUCUUCAGUGCAAGCGGAAGACAAGGGGAAAGAGUCGGCAUGGCCCACAAAAGCGACUUCCAGUUCUCCAUCAGGGAAUACAAACCCUCAGAUCAAGAUGUGGUCAUGUCACUCUUUCACGACGGGAUACUUGAACAUGUUUACCCAGCGUUUUUCAAGGCAAUUAGCAAUCCAGACCAUGUCGGGAUUGCUCUCAGUAUUUCCAUGGCCGGCUAUGUCCUCGGAGGUAGCUCCUACUUUCAAGCAUUGCUCUUUGGGAGCCUUUGGGCUGGCUUCAUUUAUUACUGCUGCCAUGACAUCUACGAUAGCUACAUGAUGGGGAGGCUAAACACAGACAUGGCCGACAUUCAAGCAAGCUACCUGGAAAUCCCAGACAAUGGCUUUUGGGUGGCAGAGGCAGACAUCAACGGUCAGGCCAAGGUGGUGGGAAUGGUGGCGGUGACGGGCCAAAGGGGGGUGGAAGGAGGCGAAAGGUUUGAUGACUUGAACGGUGGAGUGAGCGGCACAGAGUUUGAUCAAGACGCAGGAGACAGAAGUUACGCCCGGAUGACUCACGUGGUCGUGGCAUUCGCGUGGCGCCGCAGAAACCUGGGCUCACAGCUCACACGGAAGGCUCUGGAUUUCUGCAAGGAGCGAGGCUUCUCCCGCCUCGUUAUGGAUCUUAGCUCGCCUCAGACCGCGGCCAUUUCUAUGUGUCAAAAACUAGGCUUUGUUCAAACGUCGUCCCAUCAUAACACCCAUGCUAAUCCCUGGUUCUCCAAGCUAGCAAGAAUAAAUGUGAUUGAAAUGGAGAAGUUAAUUUAAGAAAAAUUGACACUAGUUUGAC